GUUAGUCAACGCUUCACCACAGUGUAUUGUUUUGUAAUCUUAUAUUUAAUGGGUCAUUUGGUUACGUUGUUUGUAACUUUCUAUUUUUUCUACUAUAUUCUUUGAAAAAAUUUUUGUUGAGUGCAUCUCAAGUGACAAGUGAAUACAAAGGUAAGGUUAAUUGAUCAAGCUGUAAAAGGAGACUCAGUAAACAGAUUUAAAUAUGGAGACUUUUAAAUUUUCUUCAACAAGUAAACCAACUCAACGAGAUAUUGUUCAUUUUUCUGGUCGAAUCUUCUACGGAGUUUACAAGAACUCGGAAUUUCUUCGUCAUAGUAACAACAUAGAGACAAUUCUGUCGAAAGGCUAUGAACUACGAAAAAAAUUGAAGAGUGUCGCUCCCGGCCAAGUUGUCAUGGUUGAUGGAGUGGAGUUGGAGAAAAAUACACCAUUACUCGUGAAAAGGACAGGAGAUAAAGUGAAUAUUGAAAACUACGAAUUUACUAUGAACCGUCUAAGUGGCUUGGUAGCAGCGUAUACUUUCGACAAUCGCAAAAGAUUUCCCGCAGUGCAGUCUAGCGAAGCCCUCGCGUUAGGAUUAAAAUGGGAUAAUGGCAGCACUGAAAAAUGCAAACUCUAUCUGUCAGCUGUCAGUGGGACUGAACAUUUUUACGAUCAAUUCGAAUACUGGCCUUUGAUAUGCGCAUUGAGGAAAUUGCAAAAGAAAAAAAUCACACAAGAACUGGUAAUAAAAAUUGCGAAGAUUAAAAAUAAUAAUAAUGUGACAUUAGGAAAGGAUUUAAUGAAUAACCAGGCGAGGUUGUUCCACCUUUGGAUGGAAUUUCCCGGCGCAUCUAAGGAUGAUUUAAAAGAGUUUCUGAAAACAGUUCCAGAUGACUUAAAAAUAUGUUUCCAAUUUUGAAUGUAAGUAAUACUUCUAAAGUUAAAAUAACACCUUUAGUGCCACAGUGCGUCUAAAAUGGUUACUGGUAGUUAGUUGCCCGCAACUUCGUGUGCGCGAAGUGAAAAACAUCUGCCUAUGUUACCUGUGGAUUUUUUUAUAUAUCAUAAGGUGGCAAACGAGCGAGCGGCCACCUGAAAUCGUUGAAAUA